GUGAAUCUACUUCAAGUAAUAAUAAUAACAAGCAUACUUUGAAGUCAAGUGAUAUGAAUAGCAAUAAUUUAUCAAAGCAUCAAUAUUUAUUACAAAAUACUAAAGGUAAAAAUUAUAAUAAAGUCUUAACAAAGAAUAUUUAUUUUGAUGCAAAAUUAAAAAGCCUUCAGGUUAAAAAAGAAAUUGCACAACAAAAAUUAAUUAUUGAAAAAAAAACUUCAAUUGAAAAAAGAAAAG